AUGGAAUCACUUAUUACAGGUAUUAGAGAGAGUGGAUUAAGGAUAGAUGGUCGUACUUCCAAUGAAUUCAGAAGAAUUCAGAUUACUUUGAAUAAGACAUUUGAUGGGGUUGAAGUGAAAAUAGGGAAAACUCACGUCCUUUGUAUUAUCAAGGCAGAAUUAAUGAUCCCAAAUAUAGAUCGUCCUUCUGAGGGUCAGGUAACUUUUUCGGUAGAUUAUGGACCACUAAGUUUAAACCCAAAUGGACAAGUUUAUCGUCAUGAAAGAAAUGCUUUAAGUAUUGAGCUAGCAAAUUAUAUAGAAAGAACUUUAAAAGAGACUGGAGCUUUUGAUACUGAAGUACUUUGCAUUAUAAGUGGUCUUUGUGCAUGGUCAAUUCGUUGUGAUAUUAGAGCUUUGUGUGAUGAUGGGAAUUUAUUUGAUACAUGUAUAUUAGCAACAUUAUCAGCUUUUAGGCACUUUAGAUAUAAGGAUAUUGACUGUAGUUCAUUUUUAAAUAAACUUAAAUUAAACAAAUAUAAAAAUAAAGACUACUUGAGGAUUGAACAAGCAAUAAAAAAUAUGGAUAUGAUCCCUUUAAACAUAUACCAUUUCCCUUUAUCUAUUAGUAUUGGAUAUACUAGAGUAAACAAUGAACUACAAUAUAUAGUAGACCCUUGUUCUGAAGAAGAGUCUAUAUUACAAGCAGUACUGCAUAUAGCAAUUAAUGGUGGACAACAAGUUUGUGGACUUUCGAAACCUGGUGGUGAAAAGUUAACAAUAGAUCAAAUUAAUUUCGCUAUUCAACUUGCAAAGAAUCAUGGAAGUAAUAUCCAUGAAUAUGUAAAGAAGGUCUUUAUUGCAAAUACUAAUGAAAAGGAAAUAAAGAUAGAAAAUGUAAAUAAUUCAACAGAUCUGGUUGUAUCAGUGGAUGUUGAUAAUAUUGUUUCUUCAGCUAAUAGUUCAAAUCUAUUAGAUUUUACAGAAAUUAAGAUAGAUAACUCCAAAAUAGCAAAUAAUGAGUGUCCAAUAGAAAGUGCUCAAAUAAAUGUAAAUAAUGAAGAGUGUAAAUAUUUAGAUACAGAAAUUACUCACACAAAUACAAUUGGUACUACAGAUGUAUGGGCACACAAUAAAGAGACAGGAAGUGAAGACAAUAUAUGCAAAACUCUGGAACAAGUACAGUUAAGUAAUUUAGAUGUUAUAGAUGACCUGAAUUCUGCUUUAAAGACAAAUGUGAAAUUAAAAAGAAGGAAACGUAAUUAA